ACAGGCAGCAUAACUGAGAAAAUCAAAUCAAAAAAAAAAAAAUAAGAGAAAAAGAAAAAAAAUGGGAAGUAUAGAAAUGGAGAGGAAAACAGUGGGAUGGGCUGCACGAGACCCUUCUGGUGUUCUCUCACCCUAUUCAUACACACUCAGAGAGACGGGGGCUGAAGAUGUAUAUGUGAAGGUGACAUGCUGUGGGAUUUGUCACACAGAUAUCCAUCAGAUUAAGAAUGACCUCGGCAUGUCCAAUUACCCCAUGGUUCCAGGUCAUGAAGUGGUGGGAGAAGUGAAGGAGGUGGGAUCAGGUGUGAGCAAGUUCAGGGUAGGAGAUGUGGUGGGAGUAGGGUGCAUCGUAGGAUGCUGUAGGAACUGCAGGCCGUGUAAUGCGGACAUAGAGCAAUACUGCAGCAAGAAGAUUUGGUCUUACAAUGAUGUUUACACUGAUGGCAAACCCACCCAAGGUGGUUUCGCUACUGCCAUGGUUGUUGACCAAAAAUUCGUGGUGAAAAUUCCAGAUGGGAUGGCGGCGGAGCAGGCGGCGCCGCUACUAUGCGCAGGGGUGACAAUCUACAGCCCCCUGAACCAUUUCGGGCUGAAAUCGAGCGGGCUGAGAGGCGGAAUUUUAGGUCUGGGAGGCGUGGGCCAUAUGGGGGUCAAAAUCGCCAAGGCGAUGGGCCACCACGUCACCGUCAUAAGCUCCUCCGAUCGGAAGAGGGCGGAGGCGCUGGACCACCUCGGCGCCGACGACUACCUAGUCAGCUCCGACGCCGAUCAGAUGGAAAAAAUCGCCGACACCCUCGAUUACAUAAUCGACACGAUUCCGGUGUUCCACCCAUUGGAGCCUUACCUUUCGUUGCUGAAAAUCGACGGCAAGUUGAUUUUGAUGGGGGUUAUAAAUACUCCCCUGCAAUUCGUCACUCCCAUGGUUAUGCUUGGGAGGAAAAGUAUAACAGGGAGUUUCAUUGGAAGCAUGAAAGAGACAGAGGAAAUGCUGGAAUUUUGCAAGGAAAAAGGACUAACUUCAACAAUCGAGACCGUGAAAAUGGAUUACAUCAACACCGCUUUCGAGAGGCUCGAAAAGAACGACGUUAGGUACCGAUUCGUCGUUGAUGUUGCCGGAAGCAAACUUGAUCAUAUCACUGAAUAAUGAUAAUAAUAAUAAUAAUUCCUAAGAAACACAAACACUAUUAUUUGGUUAUUGUUUCAUUAUAUAUGUAUUGGGACACAUGUGUCUUUUUACAUAUUGAAGUCUUCUUCUUCUUUCUGGAUCUCUGAGCAAUUAAAUUGAUGUUCUUUUUUUGCAAUGGAAUGUGGCUUUUGUUUAUUUUAUUGGAAGUGGGAUUUGGUUUUACAUUGUAUGAGUGGAUAGAAGUUGGUGUGAUUGUGAAAGCUAAGGUGGGGAAAUAUGUAGAUAUGGUUUCUUUGACUAUAAUCAAAAUCCUUUUGGUUGGUUUCA